AACUUUUUCAAAAGAACUUUUACUUGACUCUUUACUGCAGUUACCAGCCGGCUAUAUCAUGGUUAUUGCCUACCCCUCCGCAGUUGCAGAAGAGUAAACCCGGGGAAUCCGGCACAACGCGCGGGACUCCAAGACAUGUCUCACAUAGUGCCGACGAUCGAUAGCCCAGAGCGACAGCAAUCUCCAUCAGGAACCCACCAGUCUCAUCUUUGAGUCUGCAGAUGACUUCACUUGUCCCUGAUGUGGACCUAACCUCCUCUCCCUGAAGGGUAUAUAAACGCUGCUAAACACCCCCCAUCUUGCCAUUAAUCACAACCACAAACCAUCAAAACAAUCAUCUUCUGUGAUCAUCACAUUCAAUCCCACUCUCCAUCCAAAAUGAAGUUCUCCAUCGUUGCUCUUGCCGGCCUUGCCAGCGCCGUCUCUGCCGCUUCUCUCCCCGCGCGCUUCUCCCUCAUCGCCGAGGACAACACCCCCGUCCUCACUGAUGGCCAGAACGUCUACAUCGGCAACGACACCUCCAAGAGCACCUCCAAGCUGAUCCUCUCCGGCGGUGCCAACGGUGGUGGUCUGACCUACCUCGCCAAGGGCGCCGUCCCUACCGCCUGGCAAAACCUGUACAUCAUCGAGAACAGCGUCUCGCCCAUCUCCUUCACCCAGCCUCACUCCGGCGCUGUUCCCGACAACGCCAACACCACUGGCUUCGGCGUCAACGAGCAGGGUUACCUGACUCAGGGCGGUAGGGCCUGGUUCGCUGUUGAUGGCUACGGCGAUGUCCCUUCCAAGGAGGUCUACUGGUACGGUGCUCACAGCUCGGAGUACAAGGCUGCCUACCUCAAGGUUCAGGAGUGCACUACCGAGGAGUGCUAAAUGGGUUAAUACCGUGGCACACACUUUGAUUUGUAAAUGUUGAAUGGGUAUGUCGGGGAUGGACCAUAUGAAUAUAGUUAGUGU